AUGCCCUGAGCUUCACCCUCCCAGCUGCUGCUGCUGCUGGCAGUGAACUCGGUACUGAAGACCAACCUUCUUCACUGUGUGAGGAGAGUGGGAGAGAUUAUUUCUAGUGGUUUGGAAGCCUUUGAAAGAUACAUAUUUUAAUUGUCAUAAUGGGAGGGCUUUUUUUUUGGCAAACUACUGAUAGAGUUGCUUUAAAAAGGGGUUCAGUCUUUCCUGAGCCACUUUAGAGGGUCUAAAGUUUUGAGCUGAUGAACAUCUUCCCUUUAUGUGAAUUAAAGCUUGGAACAUUCAUUCAUAAUAUGAAGAUGCUGCUGACUUUGUUCCUCUUCCUUAUUGGGAGUCAAACUUCAAUAACUCAAACACCUGCCCCUACAUCUGCAGAUAUUGUCCUUUUGGUUGACAGCUCUAAUAGCCUGGGAAAUAAAGCGUUCCCCUCUAUGAAGUCUUUUAUUAACAAAAUGAUCAGUCAUUUAACAGCGACUCCUAACCAAUACCGUAUCGCACUUGCGCAGUACAGUGAUGAUUUGCACGUUGAAUUUCGGCUGGACACCUAUAAAGCAAAGAACCCAAUGCUGAACCAUGUCAAAAAGAAUGUUGUAUUCAAGGGUGGUUCAGUAAAAACUGGCAAUGCCCUUCGAGAAGUUCACGAAACCUAUUUCAAAGGACCAACUAGUGGAAGAGACAAAGAACGAAUUUUGGUAGUCUUGACUUCAGGGAAAUCAGAGGAUGCUGUAGGAGAGCCUGCCAGGAUCUUGAAAAGUGAUGGGGUAAAAAUCAUAGCUCUGGGGAUUCAGGAUGUUUCUCCUCGAGAACUGCAGUCAAUGGCUACACCUCAAUUUUCGUAUACAUUUCGCACAGUGAGGGAUCUCAGUAUGUCUUCUCAAAACAUGACCAAGAUCAUUGAGGACGUUAUUCAAACAGAUAUUAAUGACAUAAUACCAACAGUUAAAACUACAAGUGUUCCUGAGAGAGAAGUUUGUAAGAGUGAUUCCGUUGCUGAUGUUGUGUUCAUAGUAGAUGAGGGUGUUUCAAAACCAAAAUCUGAAGAUAUUAAAAAUUUCCUGCAAGAUACAGUCUCCUUUCUUGAUGUGAAGAAGAAUUGUACAAAGAUUGGCCUAGUGACAUAUAGCAGUGAGCCACACGUGUUAGCUUUACUGAGUGAAGAAACAAACAAAACUGCUAUUCUGCAGAAAAUACAGGGCUUUUCUCCGAGGGAAGGGAAGGCCAACACCGGUGCUGCCAUUAAGGCUACAAGGAAAAACAUCUUCAGUGUAAAAUAUGGAAGCAGAAAGGCCCAAGGAAUAGAGCAAAUAGCAAUUCUGAUCACUCACAGACCCUCUGAAGACAAUGUAAGUGAGGCAGCUCGUGAUCUUCGGAGAACUGGCGUGACUGUAUUCACCAUAGGCAUUGAAAAUGCUAACAACACCCAGUUAACCCAGAUAGCAUCAUAUCCUCCACAGUUAUAUGCUACUAAGCUGACAGCAUUUUCUGACCUGCCAAAACAAGCCAAAACUUUACAAAAGAAACUCUUGAAUCAAAUUCAGGACAAGCAGUAUGUCCAGUCUGAAAGAAGAGAACUACUUAAAACAGGAUGUGUGGACACAGAGGAAGCUGAUAUUUAUGUGCUCAUUGAUGGCUCAACAAGCAUUUAUCCUGUUGACUUCGGAGACAUCAAAAAAUUUUUGAAGGAAGUGAUUAAGAUGUUUAACAUAGGGCUGAAUAAAGUUCGCUUUGGAGCUGUGCAGUUCUCACAUAGCAGAAGCCUGGAGUUUGAACUUGAUGAAUACAGCAAAAGAGAUGAUUUAGAGACAGCCAUUGACAACAUUAGGCAAAUAUAUGGGAAUACCUAUAUCGGAGAAGCUUUGACUUUCAUGCAGCCACUGUUUAAAAAGGCAAGGGAGCAGAGAGCUGGCAGGGUGCCUUGUCACCUCAUUGUCCUAACAGAUGGGAAGUCACAUGACAGCGUGAAGGAGUCUGCUGAGAGACUGAGGAGUGAGAUGGUCAAUAUUUAUGCCAUUGGUGUAAAAGAUGCAGAUGAAGCACAGCUCCUUGAGAUUGCAGGGUCAAAGAGCAGGACUUACUUUGUGCAAGAGUUUGACUCCUUGAAAAACAUAAAAAAUGAAUUUGUUCAAGGGAUCUGUUCUGGAGAAGCCUGCAAAGAAAUGACAGCUGACAUCAUGUUUCUAGUGGACAGUUCCGGAAGCAUAGGAUCAGAGAACUUUUCAAAAAUGAAAAACUUUUUGAGAGAACUGGUCAACAAAUCUGACAUCAGCAAAGAUCGAGUGCAGGUUGGGGUCGUCCAGUUCAGUGACAUAAAGAAGGAAGAAUUCCAGCUUGACCGAUACGCUUCAAAAAGUGACAUUUUCAGUGCUAUUGAUAAAAUGUCUCUUAUAGGAAAAACUACACUAACAGGAGGUGCAUUGACAUUUGUGGCUGAUUAUUUCAGGCCUCCUAAAGGUGCACGUCCAGCUGUCAGAAAGAUUCUUAUCCUGAUUACAGAUGGGGAAGCGCAGGAUGCAGUAGAAAGUCCAGCAAAAGCCCUACGUGAUCAAGGUGUUGUUAUAUACUCUGUUGGAGUGUUUAAUGCAAAUAAAACUCAGCUGGAAGAGAUUAGCGGGAAGCAUGAGCUGGUUUUUUACAUUGAGAACUUUGAUAUUCUGAAGCACAUAGAAGAUGAGAUCAUUUUUGGAAUAUGCACCCCUCAUGAGGAAUGCAAAAGGAUAGAAAGAUUAGAUGUUGUGUUUGUGAUAGAUGGAUCUGGGAGCAUAAAUUCCUCAGAAUAUCAGACCAUGAAAAACUUCAUGAUUGCCUUGGUGAACAGAUCUGAUGUUGGUCCAGAUAGAGUUCAGUUUGGAGCUGUAAAAUAUUCUGGUGAACCGGAAACUUUUUUCUACCUUAAUAAGUACACAACAAAAUCCGAGAUUGUUAAGGCUAUCCAGAAUGAUGCAACUUUAGGUGGUUCAACGUAUACAGCCAAGGCGAUUGGCUAUUCGGAAGCUCUGUUUGCUCAGGAGCAUGGCGGCCGCAAAAGCAAGGGAGUUCCACAGAUUCUUAUAGUGAUAACAGAUGGUGACUCCCAUGAUAAAGCUCAGCUCGGUGAUACAGCCAAGAGAUUAAGAGACAAUGGAAUUAUUAUCUAUGCUGUUGGGAUAGAAAGAGCAGACAUUACUGAGCUUUUGGCUAUGGCUGGAUCAGAAGACAAAUAUUACUAUGUGGAUACAUUUGAAGGACUCAAAAACACAUCUGUAGCAAUAUCAGAAAAAGUAUGUAAUGAUUCAAAACCAGAGUGUGAAAUUCAAGCAGACCUUGUCUUCUUGAUUGAUGGUUCCAAUAGUAUAGACCAAACUGACUUCACCAGGAUGAAGGAUUUCUUGAAAGAUGUACUAGAUCAGAUUGAUUAUGAUCACAAUGUUCAAAUUGGCAUUGCCCAGUACAGUGACAAGUAUAAAAGAGAAUUUGGCCUGGGUACUUUCCAGAGCAAAUCAGAACUGAACAAUCAAAUUCAGAACAUUAAGCAGAUGACAGGGACUACUUUAAUUGGAGCUGCACUUAAGCAGGUGAAAGAAUUCUUUGCACCAGCACGCACCAGAAGAGUAACAAGAAACGUCCGACCAGUUUUGCUGGUAGUCACUGAUGGGAAGUCAUAUGAUGAUGUUGCUGAACCAGCAGAAGAUCUGAGAAAGGAAGGUGUUAAUACAUAUGCUAUAGGAGUUGGGGAUAUUGAUCACUCGCAGCUCAUGCAAAUAGCUGGCAUCCCAGAAAGGAAGUACACUGUUCGUGAUUUCAAAGAGCUGAAGAUUAUUAAAAAAAGACUAGUUGGUGACCUAUGUAAACCUGAUAUUCCUACAACUUGUUUUGUGGAUAUUGUUAUGGGAUUUGACAUCUCUUCACAAAAGAGAGGUGACCGUUUAUUCCAGGGACAGUACCAGCUGGAAACAUAUCUUCCCAACAUGCUAAAAGCGCUCACAUCCCUAAGCAGUCUGAGUUGCAGUGUAGGGACAAAGACACAGAGCAGUGUGGCAGUUUACCUGAACAAUACAAUUACACCCGUGUCUUCAAAGUUCCAAUUUGACAGUGAGAAAAUAUGGAACAGCUUGAGAGAGAGCUUGAUUGACAAACCAUCUCAUCUCAAUGGCAACUUCCUGGAGUCACUCUGGAAAACAUUUCCAAGCAAAGCUGAUGAUCAAAAUCGAAGGAAGGUUUUACUUGUAUUUUCAGACGGUUUGGAUGAAGAUGUAGAAGAACUAGAACAAAAGUCGGAAGAACUCAGAAAAAAAGGAUUGGAUGCACUGAUAACUGUCGUUCUGGAAGGAGCCUCUAAAAUUGAUGAGCUUCAGUACAUUGAGUUUGGAAAGGGAUUUGAAUACAUGACUCAGUUAACUAUUGGCAAGAGAAAUAUUGACAAAGCCCUGUCCAAGUAUGUGACUAACGUUGCUGAAAGGACGUGCUGCGCUGUUUUUUGCAAGUGCAUUGGAGAGGAAGGUGGACUUGGACGCCGAGGGAAACAAGGAAAUGAAGGACCUAAAGGUAUAAAAGGCAGUCAAGGACACUUAGGAGAAGAGGGAGAGCCGGGUUCAAGAGGACUGCCUGGACCAAUGGGAGAGCAAGGGAAUAAGGGGUGUGAUGGUAGUAAAGGUCCUAAAGGAUACCAAGGAAUGCCUGGUGAAAAGGGAGACGAUGGGGACAGCGGGAUUGAUGGAAUUAAUGGAGAGCAGGGAUCGCUUGGGUAUCCAGGAAAGAUGGGAGAAAAGGGUGAUCCAGGCUACAUGGGCAGUCCAGGGCCAAGAGGACUCCCUGGUGAUCGUGGUGAGAAGGGCUUACGAGGAGAUCAUGGUGACCCUGGAUUGGACAAUGACAUUGCAGGGACCAAAGGUUCAAAAGGAGAACAGGGAAGCCAGGGUGAAAGAGGACCAGUGGGCUUACCGGGGUCACCAGGCUCUUCGAGAACCACAGGAGCAAAAGGUCGACGAGGAACACCAGGUCCACAGGGGGAGGAAGGAGCUCCUGGUUCAAAGGGCUUUCCAGGAGAACCAGGAUUUCCAGGAUCCCAGGGACAAAGAGGGAUUAGAGGUGUGAAAGGAGAGAGAGGAAGUGAAGGAAGUAAAGGUCUUCAGGGUGAACUGGGAGCUUCGGGUCCAAAAGGGAGUCCUGGCAGUCCUGGGAUGAGAGGAAAUAAAGGAGAAUAUGGUGAUCCUGGAGAGACAGGACAGAGAGGGCCACCAGGUCAGCGGGGAAUGCAGGGAGACGAUGGUGCUGCUGGAUAUGGUGGACCAGGAGAGAAAGGAGCAAAGGGACAAGAAGGAUUCACUGGAGAUAUUGGACGGAAGGGUGGAAUUGGAGACCCAGGACCCCCAGGAGAACCUGGACCAAAAGGAAUCAGAGGAAAAAUGGGUACUGCAGGUCCUUUUGGUCUGAAGGGAUUUCCAGGAGACAAGGGAUUUCCAGGACACAGGGGCGCUAAAGGAACAAUGGGACUGCACCCUUUUCCCCCAUGUGAAGUCAUUGACUAUGUGCGCAGACAUAGCCCUUGUUGGCAGGAAAAACCAGAAUGCCCAGUAUAUCCAACGGAACUAGUGUUUGCUUUGGACAUAUCCCAGGAUGUCACAUCCCAGUUAUUUGAAAGAAUGAGAGAGAUUGUAAUAUCAGUAGUGAAAGCUACCAAAAUUAGAGACAGCAACUGCCCAGUGGGAGCUAGAGUCGCCGUUGUGUCCUACAAUUCCAACACUCAUUAUCUUAUCCGCUUCUCCGAGUUCUACGGCAAGAAUCAGCUCCUCAACAAACUUAAUAAUCUGGCUUAUGAGAGAUCCUCAAGUGAACGGGAUAUUGCUGGAGCAAUGAGAUUCGUUGCCAGGAAUGUUUUCAAGCGAACUCGCCAAGGUCCUAAUGUGAGAAAAAUAGCAGUGUUUUUCAGCAAUGGGCCAUCAGCAGAUGAAUCUUCUAUUAACACAGCAGUUCUGGAGUACACUGCAUUUUCUAUUGUUCCAGUAGUUAUCGCUUUUAAUGAUGUUCCCCUACUCCGUCGUGCUUUCACGAUGGACGAUACUGGAUUCUUCCAGAUAAUAAAUAUCAAUCAAGAGGAUGACUAUGAGCCAUUCUUGGAAACAUUUCAGCGCUGCACUCUUUGUUAUGACAAAUGUAAACCAGAUGAGUUUUGUGAACGCCGCAGACCCCAAUCACCACCAGCAUAUGUGGAUGCUGCUUUCCUUUUGGAUAGCUCACAGAAAAUCAGUGGUGCCGAAUUUGAGAACGUGAAAAACUUCUUGAGCAGAGUACUUGAUAACUUUAACAUUUCCUCUGAGCCACAGAAUUCUUCCACAGGUGAUAGGGUGGCUGUAGUGAGCCAUGCUCCACCAGGUUUCAAACUCCGCCCAGGGAGGAGCCCUGUAAAGAAAGAAUUUGACUUUGUCACCUACAGCAGUAGCCAGUUAAUGAAAGGACAUAUCGAAGAAUCUGUUCAACAGCUGAAUGGAGCAGCUGCUCUUGGCCAUGCCAUACAGUGGACAAUUGAUAAUGUUUUCUUGACUGCACCCCACUCCAGACAACACAAGGCUAUCUUUGUUAUAUCUGCUGGAGAAACAAGUCAGUGGGACAAAGACAUAUUAAAGAAGGCAUCUCUGAGAGCCAAGUGCGAAGGAUAUGCUCUGUUUGUAAUUUCAUUAGGACAUGUAUAUAACGACACAGAAUUGGAAGACCUGGCUAGUAUUCCCCUGGAACAUCAUUUGAUUCAGCUGGGCAGAGUUCACAAGCCUGAACUUGAAUACGUAGUGAGGUUUAUAAAACCAUUUGUGCAUCUCCUCAGGCGUGCAAGCAACAAAUAUCCACCAGUAGAGCUCAGGAGAAUUUGUACCAGAGCUCGCUCUCUGAAACCAGAAUAUGCACUAAGGGGCCAACAACAUGUUUCUAUCAUAGAUGAGGAUUGGUCAGGAGGUGAUGCCAUAGCUGAUGCUGAAUACUCUGUUUCUGGGCAUGCAACACUAAUGUUCCAGGAUGAUGUAAGAGAUGGUCCUCUAAACACCAACAGUUUUGCCAGCAGUACACAUCAGUCCUUGGUAACUACAGACAUAAUGGAGACUGCUGCCAAAACGCACGGCAGGGAAGAUAAAGGUUUGCUCCUAUAUAGUAUUGAAUGUGCUCAACUCCCAUUGACUUCAGUGGGAGGUGAUGGCACUUGGAAAUUAACAGUCAGGCCCCUGAGGAACGGUCUAGUCUCCAGGUGUAAGUUGCAUUGUGUAACGAUAGGAAGAAGGCUUAUUAGUCAUUGCUGUGCUUUUCCAGAUAGAGUAACUAUGCAAUUGGUGACUAAAUUACUUCCUUUAGACCAAGGAGAACUCUAA